CGGGCAGCGCUCGGCGCGGGGCGGGCGCGGGGGGGCGGCGGGGCCGGGCCGGGGGCGCUGCGGGCGCUGCUGCCGCCACGCACCGGGGACCGCCGGGGGGUCCCGGCUCCGGGGCCUCCUCGCCAGCGGCGAGUGCGCGGCGCCGGCCCGGCCGAGAGGCGUCGUCGGCGCGGCGCGGCCGGAUCGCUCCUUGCCGCGGUGGCUGCCAAGGGACCGUCGCCGUCUCGUCGCCUCAGCGCCGCUGUCUGGGCCCGGCGCGCGCCGCCGCCCGCCUCACCUUUCGUCCCUGGCCGGGCCUGCGGGAUGUUCAUCUUAAAGAUUCUGUGAAGAUGAAAAGGGAUAUCUUAUGGCUUUAUGAAAUAUAAAGCAAUACUGUCUGACAUGACGGCAAAAAAUGUUGGUGUGACUUCCACAAAUGGAGACUUGAAAGGAUUUAUAGAUCAAAACCAGAGUCCAACAAAAGGCAAUAUUUCAGUAAUCACAUUGCCAGUUUCCAGCACCAACUCUCCGACUAAGAUUUUGCCAAAAACCUUGGGACCAAUCAAUGUGAAUGUUGGACCCCAAAUGAUCAUAAGCACACCACAAAGACUGAGCAGUUCAGGGAGUGUUCUGCUUGGGAGUCCAUAUAACCCAGCUCCAACCAUGGUCACACAGACACACAUAACAGAGGCUUCCGGCUGGGUCCCAGGGGAGCGAAAACGGACUCAAGAAAUUAUAGAGUCAGAUUUUUCAGAAAGUAAGAGAAGCAAGAAAGGAGAUAAAAAUGGGAAGGGUCUGAGGCAUUUUUCAAUGAAAGUUUGUGAAAAAGUUCAACGUAAAGGAACAACUUCAUACAAUGAAGUAGCUGAUGAACUCGUAUCAGAAUUCACUAAUUCUAACAGCCACCUACCAACAGAUUCACAAGCUUAUGAUCAGAAAAAUAUUAGACGGAGAGUUUACGAUGCCCUCAACGUCCUGAUGGCAAUGAACAUCAUUUCAAAGGAGAAGAAGGAAAUCCGAUGGAUCGGCCUUCCCACAAACUCAGCUCAGGAAUGUCAGAAUCUAGAGAUAGAAAAACAGAAACGGAUUGAAAGAAUAAAACAGAAGCGAGCCCAACUGCAAGAACUUCUACUGCAGCAAAUAGCAUUUAAAAACUUGGUACAAAGAAAUCAGCAAAAUGAACAGCAAAAUCAAGGCCCUCCAUCUUUGACCUCCACAAUACAGCUGCCUUUCUUAAUAGUCAACACUAGCAAAAGAACAAUUAUAGACUGCAGCAUAUCAAGUGAUAAAUUUGAAUACCUCUUUAAUUUCGAUAAUACUUUUGAGAUUCAUGAUGACAGCGAGGUGCUGAAGAGAAUGGGAAUGUCCUUUGGGCUCGAGGCAGGCAAAUGCUCAGCUGAGGACCUAAGAACUGCAAAAUCACUGGUGCCAAAAGCCUUAGAAGGCUACAUCACAGAUAUGUCUGCUGGAUUUUCAUGGAUAAACCAAGGGUUACUUUCAAGUCCAGCACAAGCAGUUUCCCAUUUUGUGGCAGCUGGAGGCGCUUACGAUGCUAAAUCAAGUGAGAAUCCAGGGUUGUGUCUGGAUGCUGAAGUGGCCUUAGCAACUGGGCAGCUGCUUGGCCCUAGCAGUCAGCAGUCCAGCAGUGCAGCGUCCCGGGGGGAGACACCCUGCUCCUUCAACGAGGAGGAUGAAGAAGAGGAAGAUGAGGAUUCUUCCUCCCCAGAAUGAGGACAGUAGAAAAUGAAAUAUACAAAAUGCUGCUCAAAUAUUCUUAAUGGGAGUUCCUGUUUGGAUUUUACUGGUUUCUUGCCUUGGUGUUCACUGUGUUCGGUGAACCAAAAUGGAAGCUUCAAAACAAGUUUAUCCUUAGCUGAAAUUGAAGAAUUGUAUAACUGAACACGGAGUGACAUGCAGAGGCAGAGCAAUGUGGGUUUUAUAAACUGUAAAUGAGGAAAAGAACAAAGUCCCUGGAGAUUUGGCAAAGCAAACUUUAAGUUCAUCUUCUCCAUUUUGGGACUCUCUGUCUUUCCCUUGUCUUUUUCAGACGGAGAAGAAAACAGUCAGUCAGUAAAAGCCAAUUCUUGCAUCGUCUUUUGGCUUCAGAAAAAGGGGGAGCGAGCACUUGCAAAUGUGCUAAAAUCGUUAUUUAAAAUUAUCUUUUAUGAAAGUGCUUAUAGGGAAAAGGGGCUGUUAAAAUGUUUGCUUUUUUCUGUUCAAUUUGCUGUAUAGAAGAUUCUUAAAGUAAUAUAAAUUGCAAGUGAUUAAAUGAAUCUUGAAAUAGCUUAUAUCCAUUUUAGAUACUCUAAAAGUAACAUUAGUAUAAAAGGUUCAUAUGUUCAUUUAUAUUGCAGGCCUAAUUUAUUAUAAGUGAUUAUUCUUAGCCAUUAUUAAAACAGGAAACAAACAGUAUUCUCUGCACCAGCUUUUUUCAAGGACAAUAAGUAAAAAAAAAUUGUAUUUCUAGAUUACAGCAUAUUCAGUGUAGCUUCUCUUUUACUGUUCUAACUUUAUACAAUCCCUUUGAUGUUAGAGCAUGUCUUGUUUUUUAAAAAGACCUCUCACCAUGUUAAGGAUCUCAGGCAGCAUGUUUUCAAGGCACUCUUUUCAAAUUUGGGAUGGUGGGCAGGUCACAUAACUUUUAAAGUCAUAGGCUGAGGUUCUUAGGAAAAAAAAUAAAAUUUCAACAAUACAUCAUUUUAUGUUUUGCAUUCUGGUCAGCUUGGAUUCUGACAGAGUUUUUUAUCAGUAACCAGUUGCACUCACCUUGAUGCACCUUUGAAAGUUGUAUCAAACCACUUAAAAUAAUCCUUUGCUCAAGUUAACCAACACAUAUCCCAUGUUAACUGUUAAAUUAGACUUGCAGCAGGAGGCUGUGUUUUUCAUGGCUAACAUCACAUCCAAGUAUAAAGACCUUUAAAAAAACCCCAAACCCCUUGAAUAUCAAUGCAAAAUACACUGUAGAUGUACUCUUCCCAUGGUGUUGCAGCUUCCAGGACUUUGCCUAGCCUCCGAGUUAACUGUUUUCCAUGAGGUAAAUCCUUCCAGUUUUUGCACUGCCUGUAGGUGGCUGCUCUGUGUCUCAGCUGUCUGAGGCAGCUGUCCUGGCUCUGUUCCUGUGCGGGGGGAUGAGGCAGCUUCUGCUGUUCCUCACCUGAGCCCUGGCAGCAGCUACCCCUGGGCUGCUGGCAGCGUCACUCCCACAGCCUGGGCUGUGUCCAGAUCAUCUUUACAGCCAAACCUGCACUCGCUCAGGCCAGCAAGAUCCAAAAGCACCAAGCCUGAGCUACAGAGAGAAAAUGAGGCUGCACUCAAGAGCUGCCUGGCUGUGUGCAGGAGUUAGCACAGGGCUGACACUCUCACAGGACAGGUAAAACUGAGGAGCAGACAAGCACCAGCCACAUGUUUACAUUACAAACGAAAGCAUCAGAAACUCCUCACAGAUAGUUCAAACUCCAGCGUGUGAGGAGUACCAGCAUGUAGGUAUGGCUCCUGACUGAGCUCUCUGUUCUACACAAAUGAAGGGCAAAUGCACAAACUGAAGUGCCGACCCUUGGGGCAAGACUGUUCAGACCAUCCUGUGCUCAUGGCUCACAGGCAGCAGCAGAACGAGGGCUUUACUCCCCUCCCUUCCACCGAAUCUGUAACACUACCUCGAUACCAGAAAAGCUUUACAGAUACUAAGGAACGUUCUUGCUGAGGGAGUCAGUGCAUUGAGCCAAGCGGGUCACUUCAGAGAUGGGGGGAGAAGGGAACAGGUACUCCACACACAUUACUAUGGAAUUGUCAGCUUCAUGAUUGACAUUUCAUUUAAACAGAUCAUCACUUUCAUCAUUAAAAACCCCAUUGCUUUUUCAAAAACUGCCCUAUUAGUCAGCUUUCAUUGGAGAGGGCAGAUCAAAGAUAACUUAUGCAUGACUCUAAGGAAUUCUUAAAGAGGGAAAUAGCUUCCAAAGUAAUUCUACCUCCCUCCCCCCAACAAUACAUUAGGGACACAUUUAACUUCACACUUUCUUCACACUUCCCAGUCAAGAUCUGUGUAAAAAGAAAAACCAGCAAAACACUAAUCAGUUCCUAAAGAGCAGUUUGAACUCUAAGAACCUGGCAAAAAAAGGCUUCCAGCCCAGAAACUGAAUGUAUUUCAUUAGCAGUCAGUGGGCUUUCUGCUUUAAAGGGGAAAGAUCUUCAGUGACACCUUUCCUCCACUGGAGUCUGUGCCCUUCAAAGCUGCAGCCUGCACAGCUGCUUGCUUUCUGGCAAUACAUCAUUGAUCAAACUAUCAAAUUUAAAGAUAAAAAAUAAAAAAUAUGGGAGCACAUAACACUUAUUUGACAGUUGAACCAAGCCUUUAAAAGUUAUUUUUCCUGGACUAGUUAAACACAAAGUACAAAACAAGUUAGAACAUUUAGAAGAGACUUCAAAAGUAAAUUCUUUCCUUGGGCUUCUUUGUGCCAAGUACCAGCUGAGGAUGAAGUUCAACUGAGGCACAGCAGUCUUGUGGCUACACUAAAGUCUGGGAACUAGGAGAAUUUGGGGCCUUAUCCAGCCACAGUCACUUGUGUAUGAUCUCAGGCAACCCUUUCAAUCAUUCCUGGUGAUCUUAGCUGCCAUAUUUUUAAAAGAAACAAAACCCACAAACCAAAACAGGUAAAUGCAAGGCAGCUGCCUCAUUAAAGGCAGCUGCUGCAAUUGUGAGUAAGGGGGCUGAGAAUAUUAACAAACCACAGAGCUCCCACGAAGCUCCCGGCAGUGCUUGUGCUCAGCUCCCUCCUGCUGAGAGCCAGCAAACACUUUCCACAAUGAAAUGGUCGUGACCAAGACUGGCCUUCCCAUUUUCUGUUCACUUCCCAUCAUCAUCUCCUGUCUCAUGCAACAUCCCUCAUAUUCAUUGACAGGAAUCAAGCAGCAACAGGUACUAGAUCCUACUUCGUAUAAGAAAAAGUUAACAUUUAAAUUUUCAUGCAACUUAUAUUUAAGAUAAAUUUAAGUGAUGUUUCUGUGUCUUGGAAAACUGUCUUGGUUAUACAUUCAGGAGGCACUUGGCUGCAAGCAAUAUAAUACUGUAUGUAAAUGCCUUUAUAGCUAUAGUGCAGUAAACAACUUCAUUUCUGGACUAACUUUGUGGUGCUUGAAAAAUCUUAAUUUGACUUAAAAAAACUUGUCAGCUCCACUAUCUAGAUGAAAAAUUACAAGUGGGAGACAGCAUUUUUCUAUUAUGUGGAAAUCUGACAUAAUGUUUGUGGAUUUUGAUACUUAAAAUUGUAUUAAAGUGCACCAGUCUUAUUUCUAAUUGUCAACAAUCCACCUAAUCUCAGAAAGUGUAUGUAUCUAGCAAAUAAGACCAGUUCAACUGAAGGUAUGACUUAAACCAACACCAUUAAACCCAGUACAAGCCCUUCUGUAGGUGUUUCAGUUUUGGUUAAGGGGCUUUUAAUUUUUAACCUACAGUUUGCAAAUACCCCGAAAUCCUUUUGAGUAGCUGAAAAUUGCCAAGGAUAGAGAAUUCCCACAGAAGGGCUUCUGCUGAUCGACUAUGUCAGCCUGAAGUAAAAUUAUGUAAAAAGGCCUAAUAACCAAAUUUUAAUCCUUUUGGUUUUUUAAAGAGAAACAAGGCCUUCAAGUUCAUGUUCAUACAUGAAAUAAUGCUUGAAUUUAGAAUUCCACAGUUAAGGUUUAAAAGCUCAAGUGCUCUUUCUUUUGACCAAAUCCACCAUUUUAAUUCAAGAGUAUGGCUGAAACUUAACCAUAUUUGAAAUCUGGGCAAUACUUCUUUUUUGUAGUUAACUGGCCCUUUUCAGCUGAAAAUAAUCCAGGCAGUUGAUUGUAAAGACUUUCCUUUUAGUGAGUUAAAGAUGUUUGGGGUUUGGAUUCAUUUAAAAACAAAGCCAGUACCACAGUGUAUGGCAUAGAGAAAACAAACCAAAGCAAGCUAUCUUCUGCCUGACCCACCUCAUUUAUAGAUUUUCAUUGCAGGAAUCUCUCAGGAACAUCGUGAUAUUAAAUAACCAGAUGUAAUGAGCUGGGGAAAGACUAUGCGUGCUUCUUUUAAUGUGUGAUUUAAAAAAUUGUAGUAAUAGCCAUACUUCGAGGUGACAUCCCUCUGCUGCAGUUGGUGAAGGUGAGGCUUCUGAGGCUGAAGGUGUCUCAGGUGUCAGCACUGAAGUGGUGCCUCUUGCAGCAUUACUGGUGAACAGGGGAGGGAGAGGCCAAGCAUCUGUUUAUGGAGAUUUGUUCUUUAAGAUGUGCCACUUCUUGAAUUCUGGCCUCUGUCUGCAAGCAGUGCACCAAUGAAUCAUUUGUUAAUUUGUGCACAUCACACACCAACCUGAGCACAUGAACAGCUCUAAAUACUUAAUUUUCUGCUGGCAGGUGUUCACACAACUGAUCCUGAUACCAUAAAACUUCAUGAAACUCAUUCCUUAGACUUAACAUAAGUUCCCCAAUCAGAUGAUCUCUUUCCUGUUUAGCUGUUAGAAUUUCGUCUGGUGAGUAUUUUUAAGAGGCUGUGAGUAACUCUUCUUCCCCCCAUCCAGGUAUAUUGCCAAAAAAUACCCAUAACCAAUGUUACUCCUAGUACUGAAGGGGCUGUUUAUCGAAGCUCUUCAGAGUCACUGUCCACCUUUAAUACCUUGUCUGUCCACCCAGAGAUCAGACAGAACCAAAACUUUUAUUUCUGCUUCCAUACUUUUGACAGUACCGAAGAAUCCAACGUUUAGGAUAGCCACCUAAACUGCAGGACACCAAAAAUCCUUGCUCAAAAUUGUGCAGAAGUAACAGCUGAGAUCUAACCAUCCAAAUCCCAAGGGAAAGCUUGCUGCUUAGGAACACUAUGGAGCAAAUAAAUACUUCUGCAUUUAUCUAAGAAGAAAAGCAGACUGACCUGGGUCAUGUCAGUAUCUGUAACAGCCACAAUAAUUCCCAGCAGAUACAGGAACCUCCCAGUAGCCCAAACCUGCAUCUCUUCUUAGUCUCCUGUAUUGGCUAGAAAAGUGCAGUCACUUAAAUCUGAUUUCUCUAAAUGCCAUUCUUAAGUACUCCACACUUUCCAAGCACAGGUACGUUAGAUAUAUGGACACCAUGGGAUAGCAGGAUAUAGCAAUGUCAAAUUUAAAUCCAGUUUUAGAUGCCAAUCCAACUCAUCUAUGCAGAAACUUUUUCCAAGACAAAAUGAGUCUUUCCUGGUGAGUUGGUUUUAGCCCAUUCUCAUCUCCAGGCUGAGUGAAACACUCGUCCCUGACCUUGCCUGGUUCCUGUGCUGCCCCUGCUGCCCACCCACACAAGCCAGGCAGCCAGAGGGAAAAUCACCACACACCCACAGCCCUCCCUGCAGACAGUUUCAGGUCACACACAACUACACUGAAUGGCCACAGAAGUGAAAAUGAUCAGAAAAGGUGAAGUCCGCAAAAGCAGUCUCCAGGCUUUUUGAUGGGUUUGUUAAAUUGCUAUUGCAACUUUAACAAUCAGUAGAUUUGGUUGUACUGAUGCAGGGAGUAAGUGAAUCUCCCAGAAUUUCCCCAGGGAAACACCAGCUGAAUCACAACCCAUCACACAAGUUUCUGAAACAUUCCCUUAUCUUAAAGGCCAUGCUGUGUAUAUGAAAAAACUUCAGAGAAGCCUAUGCAAAUGUUAUAACAUACAUUGUUGACAAAUGUUGUGACUGUAUCUCCCAAGCACCUACUGUAAAAGAAUGAAUCCUGCUUUGAAGGAACCUGCAAGAAGCAGGAUGUGAGCCUGUGCUCAGUCCUCAGGCCCUGACUGUAACCCAUGCCCUGGGAGCAAGGCCCAGCCUUUGUGUUUGCAUAUCCUACACGGCAUCAGGGCCAGCAAGCACAGGCAGAGUUUUACACCAGGGCUUGUUUGUUGGCACCUGGGGGAUGAUCUGGCAGUGGGUGAGUCCUUGGCAAGGCCUGGUGCUGAAUUCUUGAUGCUGAUGUGCCAUCAGCCCAUGUUGUGAAGGUGCUGCAACAUGCAGCAAGGGGCAGAAAAGGCAGGUCCAGCCCUCCAUCCCCCCUUACAGUAGCACUUUUUAAUAUCCACUAGAUUCUACAUGGAAGUAAUUGUAGAGACACUUCCUUUUUAUAUUUAAAAUGCAGAAACCACUUGAAAGUCCAUUAACUUUUAAAUUAAACUUUAAGAACAAGGCCAGUCAUGGACAAAGCUAUUUAAUGACCUCCAACACUGAACUCAAAGCAGGGUUUUGUAAACAUGGUGGGUGGGAAGAGGCAAAUCCAAUUACAAGUAUGCCAAUUAUAUGGGAUUUGAAGUUUUAAUUAAUUUUUUUAAUCUACUCAUCUUGCUCUCCCAACAUGUGUAUUGGCACAAAGUGUCACACAAACACUUCAGUGGAAAUUUUUCUCCCUUUUCUUGUGCUAAACUCUUGUAUCUUCAGGAAAGCCUGAGUUUCCCACUCAUCUUCAUUCGCUGUAUAUUUUUGAGUUCUCAAUAGAUUUCUUUCUUUCCAAAUACCUAUAAAUUAAAAACUAAAGUUUUAUUUUUGCAGAAAGUCUGCUAUUAAGCUAUGCUGAUUUUUUGUCCUGAUCAAAUAGUGUUAAUUUCCACUACCACAUUGUACGUGGCUAGGAGUAGUGUAAAAAAGAAUGUGGUAGUAUUUUAUGUGCUUUAAACACUGACAAAGAUAUAAAGAAAAAUGCAUAUACAAAGUUUUACUUUCCUAAUAGGAACACUGGCAUUAGCAAAUAGUAUAUUUGAACCAAUAGGAAAUAUUACUUUGUAGUAGCAAACACUUUGUAAAUAAAAACUUGUUAUUUUUUUAAUGGAAAUUUUAUAGAAGCUUUUUCUGUAUACUCAACUGAUCCCAUGUUUACUGAAAAUGCUGCAAGUGGGAAUUGUACAUUGCAAAUGGGGGUGGGGAGCAGACAGUCUGACUGAGGUGAAAGCUGUGUAUGCUUUGGAGAAGAACGUCCAGUUUUAUGUGAACUGAAAUGUAAACCUUAACUGUAGAAGAACUGAAUAAAAUAAUUUCAAGGCAACAGGA